AUGGCGGACCUCACAAAUUUUACCCAAGACAACAGCCAAAAAACGUUCAGUGAACUGCUUUGCAAGGCAGAAUUUGCAGGAAAAGCACACAGCGAGCUUAUCUUUCUUUCAGUGCUAAAUACUUUUCUGUCCGUCACUGCAUUUCUGGAGAACACUCUGAUCCUAGUUGCCCUGCACAAGGACACUUCACUUUAUCCGCCGUCCAAACUCCUUUUUCGCAACCUUGCGAUAACUGAUCUCUUGGUUGGUAUCACUGCAGAGCCUUUGUACGUUGUGUACCUGAUGUCUGAAGUAAGAGAGAGGUGGGAUGUUUGCUUUUAUGUACCAGCGUCUGGUGUAACUGCAAUCCAUAUUUUGUUUUCAAUGUCCUUUUUGACAAUGACGGCAAUAAGCGUGGACAGACUUUUCGCUUUGUCGCUGAGACUCAGAUACAGACAAGUUGUAACUUUUAAAAGAACUUGUAUAACUAUAAUUGGCUUGUGGAUCUGUUCCAUCGUCGGCGCAUCAUCAUGGUUUUUGAAUCCUGUUAUAACCGCACGGUAUCAAUACAUAGGCACAGCUCUCUGCCUUUUCAUCACAUUUUUCGCUUACACAAAAAUUUUCUUCAUCCUUCGCCAUAACCGAAUUCAUGUUCAAGCCCCCACUUUCCAAAGGCAACUAAACCAAGCAAUUCCAAUGAACAUAGCUCGAUACAGAAAGGCGGUGUACAGUGCACUGUAG